AUGCUGCAGACGCCUCGUUCUCGGCGGCUGCUGCUCGCCGUGGCGGCGCUCGCGCUCACUGCGACGGACGCCGUCGACCGCAGCAAGUUCCGCACGUGCGAUAAGACGCAGUUCUGCCACACGUACCGCAACGCGCCGCCCGCUGCGACGACGUUCCAGGUGGUUCGUGACAGUAUCCGAUCGGACUCAGAUGCGCACCUAGUGCGGUUCCUAGUUGAGGACGCGGGUCGCAUCGGUGGCGUCCACUUGGACGGGUCGUUGGCGUUCGUACUUGGCGAAGACAAGGCGACCGUACCGGCGUUGCGAGUGCGUCUACAGGAGAAGUUUGACGACCCAAAGGACCCCAAGACGAGGUGGACGAGCCACGACAUCCUCGUGCCUGCUGCAGACGAGACACGACCGUUGCGUCAACUGACGGCCGCCGAAGCUGGACUGACAGCGCCGAUAUCCACGCAGGACGUGCUGCUCUUUGCGCCUGCGGGGCACGAGCCACGCGAGACGCCACGCGUAGUGGCGGCGCUGAAGGUGGGCAAAGGAUCGUUCGGCGUGGAUUUGUACCUGGAUGGAGAGAAAGUGGUGUCUACCAAUGACGACGGCAAGUUCCACUAUGAGAUCCGUCAGGACCAAGCAGCGGUGAAGACGGGGGCUGGCGCAGCAGCCGAUCAAGGGGCCGUCGAUGCCCACGAGGGCAAGACGAUUGUGGAUUAUGGCGAGGACGGCCUUGCCAUCUACGAAGACGGCACGGUGCAAAAGAAGGAGGAGAGCUCGACGACGGACAGCAACUUGGCGGAUGCUGCUGACGACAAGGUGGAAGGCUGGGAAGAGUCUUUUGAUGGACAUACGGACAAGAAGAAGUUCGGUCCGAGUUCUAUUGGUCUCGAUGUGUCGUUCCAUGGCUCCGUAGAAGCGCCGCGCUCGUUGUACGGUAUUCCAGAGCACGCAACGGACUUUGUCUUGAAGGACACGAUCGAAUUUGACGAAGGCGGGGAGAGGAAGGUCGUGACUGACCCAUACCGACUGUACAAUUUGGACGUGUUCGAGUACGAGCUGGACAAUCCCAUGGCGCUGUACGGCGCGAUUCCCGUGCUCGUCGCACCGAACAAGAAAAACACGGUCGGCAUGUUUUGGAACAAUCCGAGCGAGACCUUUGUCGACAUUUGGACGAACGAAGACGCAAACACGAAAUCGAGUCGCUGGCUGAGCGAGUCGGGUGUUUUCGAUCUGUUCCUGCUGGCAGGACCUAGCAGUGCCGAUCUGUUCUCACAGUACACGCUUCUCACGGGUCGGGCUCAGCUGCCGCCUCUGUUUGCAUUGGGAUACCACCAAUGCCGCUGGAACUACAAGAACGAGGCAGAUGUGGCCCGUGUGGAUGCUGGUUUCGAUGAGCACUUGAUCCCGUACGACGUGUUGUGGCUGGACAUUGACCAUACUGAUGGCAAGCGCUACUUCACUUGGGACAAGCACGCGUUUCCGACGCCAAAAGACAUGCAAGAGGCAGUGGCGCGCACUGGUCGCAAGAUAGUGACUAUCGUUGACCCGCACAUCAAAGUGAGUCAGCCCGGCGACAAGCAUCCGUAUUACAUUCACACCGAGGCUGAGGAGCUCGGGUUGUUUGUGAAAGACGAGCAAGGCAACGAUUUCAAGGGUUGGUGCUGGCCGGGUGAGUCCUCGUACGUUGACUUUACAUCGCCAAAGGCGCGUGCUUGGUGGCGUCACCAGUUCCGCUACGAGAACUACCAGGACAGUACCAAGCAUCUGUACACGUGGAACGACAUGAACGAGCCGUCGGUCUUUAACGGCCCGGAAGUGUCGAUGCGCAAGGGCUGCGUAAGUAUCACGGGCGUCGAGCACCGCGAGUGGCACAACUUGUACGGCACUCUCUUCCAAUGGUCGACAAUGGAGGGCCAGCUUGUUCGCCAGCAGCCUCCCCCCGAGCCACUCUCGGCAUUCGCUGAGGAGCUGCAGCUAUCGCCGGACAUGCAACGUCCAUUUGUGCUGUCUCGUGCGUUUUCUGCUGGCUCGCAGCGAUUUGGUGCAGUCUGGACGGGCGACAACAUGGCCGAGUGGGGUCACCUCCGUUACGCCACGAAGAUGUUGCUGUCCAUGUCAGUUGCAGGACUUACGUUCGUCGGUGCCGAUGUGGGCGGGUUCUUCGGCAACCCGUCCACGGAGCUGCUCACGCGAUGGAACCAGGCCGCAGCGUACCAGCCUUUCUUCCGUGGCCACGCACACCACGAUUCAGCCCGUCGUGAGCCGUGGGUGUUUGGCGAACCGACGACGUCACAUGUCCGCGCUGCAAUUCGUGAACGUUACUCGCUGCUGCCGUACAUCUAUACGCUUUUCCACACGUGCUACGCUCGCGGAAUGCCUGUCAUGCGGCCGCUGUGGGUGCACUUUACGGAAGACCCACAAAGCUUCAGCGAGGAAGACCAGUUCCUUCUGGGCGAUAUAUUGCUUGUUAAGCCGAUCGUGGACGAGGGCGUUGAGGCGACGCACGUGUUCUUGCCGUCGGAAAACAGCAAGGACAAGACAGUGUGGUACCAGGUGACCGACGGGUACAAGCGGUUCGUGGGUGGCAAGACGUACGAGAAUGUACCUGCGCCGCUGGACGCCAUCCCGGUAUUCCACCGCGGCGGCACGAUCUUGCCGCGCAAGCAGCGCGUUCGUCGCAGCUCUGAGCUCAUGCGCAGCGACCCGCUCACGCUUAUUGUGGCGUUGGACCAGCAUUUGAUGGCGCGUGGCGAGCUGUAUGUGGACGACGAGCGUUCGCUGGCUGCUGAGCUCGAGGGCGAGGGAACACUGGUGUCGUUCCAGCAAACGAGGGAUGGGCUGCGCUCGACGGCGGCGGCUGCUACUCUACAAGGCAAGCGCUACACGUCGCAGAUGUGGGUAGAGCGGAUCGAGAUCUACGGCUUCCAGUCCGCGGCCAAUGUGCCGAAGCAGGUGCUGGCGGGAGGCGAGCGGGCGGUGGACUUCCAGUACGACGCUGCUGGUGACCGACUUGUGCUGCGCAAGCCGCAAAUGCUGGUCACGGACGAUUGGGAGCUCCGCUUCGUGUACGACCAGGCAAUCGAGUAG